AUGCCAAUGAAAGCAGCGAAGCUGUAUGAUAUGACGCGGAGUGAAACACUCACGAUGUAUCGCGGACUUGACCUGCUGACAACUGUGCGCCGCGCCACGAUUGACUCCGUCCAAGUCCGGCCUGGCGAAAGCUCGGGUGGAGAGAGUUCGUCAUCUGGGGAGAGCUCCUCUGGGGAGAGUUCGUCGGGAGAAAGCUCUUCGUCUUCCGGGGAAAGCUCGUCGUCCGGAAAAAACUCAUCCAGCGGAGGCAAAAGUGGAUCGAGGGGCUCGAGUGGCUCCUCUGGUAGCGCUGACAUCCCUUCUGGCAAUACAACAUCGAUUGGCAGCUCAGCAUCGACGUCGAGCUCGGGGGGUGGAAAGCAAGUUGUCAUACCUUCGGGGCAGCUAUUCGCAGGCCGAACCGCCGGCGGAGGAACACGAGGGGAGGUAUUGGGCACGAAGGAAUAUGGAAGCGGAUAUCCGGGAAUCGCUUCUCGGGGGGUCGAAGGGCGGGGCUUCCCGUUCUUCUUUUGGCCGCUUUCGUGGGGAACGGGAGGCGGUUAUGGCGCCGAUGCAGCCUACAUGCAUACUAACGAGUACGGCGACCCGACCAACUCCUCUCGCCCUGGCGGCCCAAUCGGAUCUCACGCCUUCCAGUCGACCACCGCCAACGCAACAGCCUUCCACCUCAUCGCCGACGGUGCUACCGUCAGGGCCCUCACGCCCAGCAUCGCCGCGCAAUGCUCUGUCAACCUGCAUACCACCAACACCACCGAGCCGCCCACGCCAUUCAACGCAUCAGUGCUCUUCCCGGAGCAAGUCGUCCAGUACUACCGCGCCUCGUCCGUAGCACUAACGCUUGACGGGUACAACAACUCGGCGGUGUUCGCAGCGGAGAACACCACGAGCGACACGCCCCUGCCGGGGGGGACAGAUCUGGCGCUGCUCGACUGCUUGAAUGCGACGAUUGGGAAGGGUGUGCCGUUGGUGAAUGGGGCAGCGAAUGUCGGACCGGAAGCAUCACUUGUCCUGCCAUGGCUGUGGCUGGUCGUAAUUGUGGCAAGAGCAAUCGGAGUUGUAUGA